CGUCGAUGGCACUGUACGUUGCAUAAAAGAGCCUGGAUGCUCGACAUUGAGGAUUCUCUCUUCAUCCCAGCGCAUCUAUCACUUCGAAGCGAAACCCGAGAAGCUACAAUACAACAGCCACCAUACCUUCUGUAAAAUCAAAAUCGCAAAAAUCACAAUGACCAGACCAAAGAUCCUCAUCGUCCUCUCCUCCGCCAGCAACGGCUGGUACCUCCCCGAAUUCGCCCACCCUUACGAAGUCCUCUCCCCAACCUGCGACCUCACAAUCGCUUCUCCCCUCGGCGGCCCCACAGUCCUGGACCCUAUCUCCGUGCAACUCUUCAAAGACGAUUCUUAUUGUCAAGAAUUCGCACAGACGAAACAGAAGCUGUGGCUGGAGACCCGGAAACUGGACGAAUUCACUGGCAAAGCGGGGGAGUUUGACGCAAUUCUUUAUGUCGGGGGCUUUGGACCAAUGUUCGAUCUAGUAGACAACAAAGUCUCCACGGACCUCAUCAUCGAGUUCCACGAAAAGCACAAGAUCGUAUCAGCCGUGUGUCAUGGGGCGGCGGCUCUGCUGAAGGCUACGUUGCCGGAUGGGACGUUGUUCAUUAAGGAAGAGAAGGUGACAGGGUUUAGUAAUGCGGAGGAGAUUGCUGUUGAUAGGCAGAAGGAUAUGCCGUUUCACUUGGAGACGGCGUUGGAUGUCGCUAGUGGAGGCGGGUAUGAGAAGGCGGAUCAGGCGUGGGGUGAGAAAGUUGUUGUCAGUGUCAGUGGAGAUGGAGAGGGGAGGAAGAGGUUGUUGACGGGACAGAAUCCGGCGAGCGCUAAGGGGAUGGCGGUGGAGUUGUUGAAGAUGCUUGCGGAAGGUUAGUCUCUGAAGAGUCGGAAUUGAUUUUUGAAGAAGACGGAGAAGGAGAAGAAUAAAGGUGUCGAGCAGUGGAUGUGUCGGG